AGGGACCAGGUCUCAGGCAAAGUCUGCAUGUGGGUGUUCUUCCAGGAGAGGGCGCUGCAGAGGAACUGAAGCGCUAAGAUUUAUUAAUAAUACAGACACUUGGCCUAUGGAGAGCACAGAUGCUUCACGUUCAUUAUCUUCCUUAUUUCAAACAACUCUGCCGGGUGGGCUGGUCAGGAUUUCUAAUCUCGACCUUAUGUAUUAGGCAACUGGAGAGCCAGAAAGAGCAAGUGAUUCACUCAAGGUCACUGAGAAAGCUGGAUGUAGAGGCAGGAGGGGUGCAAGGGAAGCCAAGGCCUGUCUGAGGGUGUGCUAAGAAGAGCGUGGAGAAGAGUUUAUGUCUUCUCCCCGGGUACUGGACCAUUGUACCUGGUCACACAGGAGCCCCCAGCUUGGAAUGCAUGUGUGGGAGGGGGAGGUGUGUGGUGGAGGCAUGCCUCAUAAGGUCUCUCUUCUCAUUUUGGCCUCCCCAGGUCUCCUGGGGCCCCUACUCCGGGGACGAUGAGGAGGCAUACUCGGCUGAACCGCUACCAGAACUCUGCUACAAGGCCGAUGUCCAGGCCUUCGGUCGGGCCUUCCAACCCAGUGUCUCCCUGACAGUGGGUGCGCUGGGUCUGGCCGGCAAUGGCCUGGUUCUGGCCACGCACCUAGCGGCGCGACGCGCUGCCCGCUCGCCCACCUCCGCCCACCUGCUCCAGCUGGCCCUGGCCGACCUUCUGCUGGCCCUGACCCUGCCCUUUGCUGCAGCCGGGGCUCUGCAGGGCUGGAGUCUGGGAAGUGUCACCUGCCGCGCCAUCUCGGGCCUCUAUUCGGCCUCCUUCCACGCCGGCUUCCUCUUCCUGGCCUGUAUCAGCGCCGACCGCUACGUGGCCAUCGCGCGGGCCCUCCCAGCUGGACCGAGGCCCCCGGUGCCGGGCCGUGCACACUUGGUCUCAGUCAUCGUGUGGUUGUUGUCACUGCUCCUGGCGCUGCCUGCUCUCCUUUUCAGCCAGGACGGGCAGCGAGAAGGCCAGCGGCGCUGCCGUCUCAUCUUCCCCGAGGGCCUCACGCAGACGGUGAAGGGGGUGAGCGCCGUGGCGCAGGUGGUCCUGGGCUUCGCGCUGCCGCUGGGCGUCAUGGCGGCCUGCUACGCGCUCCUGGGCCGCACGCUGCUGGCCACCAGGGGGCCCGAGCGCCGGCGCGCGCUGCGCGUCGUGGUGGCCCUGGUGGCUGCCUUCGUGGUGGUGCAGCUGCCCUACAGUCUCGCCCUGCUAUUGGAUACUGCCGACCUCCUGGCGGCCCGCGAGCGGAGCUGCCCCGCCAGCAAGCGCAAGGAUCUGGCACUGCUGGUGACCGGGGGCUUGGCCCUCGUCCGCUGCGGCCUCAACCCCGUGCUCUACGCCUUUCUGGGCCUGCGCUUCCGCCAGGACCUGCGGAGGCUGCUACGGGGUCGAAGCUGCAGUCCAGGGCCUCACCACCGCGGCCGCUGCCCCCGCCGGCCCCGCCUUUCUUCCUGCUCGGCUCCCACGGAGACCAACAGUAUCUCCUUCUGGGACUACUAG